GGAAACUACUCUCUCGUACUCUCGUCUGUCUGUUGUCUUCUUGCAUCCUCAGCUCUUCCUGUCCUGUGUUUGCCCAACUCUCGUCUGGGUCGACACUUGGUUUCUCACAGCUCGAUUUGGUUCUUUCCACCAUUGCGUUCUUUACAGCCGCUUGCUGUCCCUAGUUUUGGAAUUUGGUGGAAGUAUUCUCAAGGGAAUCCCCUCCCGAAAACAGUAAAAUGAGCUACCAGCUUUACAGGAAUACAACGUUAGGUCAUACGUUGCAAGAAAGCUUAGAUGAGCUGAUUCAG